CGGGACCCGCACCGGGACGGCAAACGGGGCCGCUGCCGGCCGGCGGCGGCUCGCAGGGCGGCGGGGCGGCCUGCGGAGGCAAGUAUGGACAUAAUAGCCUAUGAUGCUUACUCCAGUCCACCGCUUCAGAGAUAUUGAAAGGAAACCUGAAUACCUACAGCCAGAAAAGUGUGUUCCACCUCCUAGCCGCGCUUCCCUGGGAACAAUGUGGUUUAUUCGAGAUGGCUGUGGUAUUGCAUGUGCUGUCGUCACCUGGAUGCUGGUGUUCUACGCCGACUUCGUAGUCCUUCUUGUCAUGCUAGUUCCAUCGAGAGAUUACGUUUAUAGUGUCAUCAAUGGCACGCUGUUCAACACCUUGGCUUUCCUUGCUUUGGCUUCCCAUUUUCGAGCUAUGCUGACAGAUCCAGGUGCUGUACCCAAAGGUAAUGCAACAAAGGAGUUCAUUGAGAGUUUACAGCUAAAGCCAGGACAGGUGGUUUACAAGUGCCCAAAAUGUUGUAGCAUCAAACCUGACAGAGCACAUCACUGCAGUGUUUGCAAGAGGUGUAUUCGGAAAAUGGACCAUCACUGCCCAUGGGUCAAUAACUGUGUAGGAGAGAAUAACCAGAAGUACUUUGUACUGUUUACAAUGUAUAUAGCACUGAUUUCCCUGCAUGCUCUAAUUAUGGUGGGAUUUCACUUCUUGUAUUGCUUUGAAGAAGACUGGACAAAAUGCAGCUCCUUCUCUCCACCAACCACAGUGAUUCUCCUCAUCCUCUUGUGUUUUGAGGCUCUCCUAUUUCUCAUCUUCACCUCAGUUAUGUUUGGGACCCAAGUACACUCCAUCUGCACUGAUGAAACGGGAAUAGAACAGUUGAAAAAGGAAGAGAGAAGAUGGGCUAAAAAAACAAAAUGGAUGAACAUGAAAGCAGUAUUUGGCCAUCCGUUCUCUAUAGCAUGGCUUAGCCCAUUCGCAACACCAGACCAAGGAAAAGCAGACCCGUACCAGUAUGUGGUCUGAGGAAUUCUUGACCAGCAUUUCCACUAAGAUAGAAACAUAUUACAGCACUACUGUUAUAAAUUUUCCAUGAAUGUUUAAAAGAAAAAGCAAAACGAACUUUUUUUUAUGUCUAUUGAAUGGCUGAUAAUUGCAGAGAAAAAAAAGCCCUGUAUUCCACUAUUUUCGAUAAUUCUAUAUCUCUGGCUGAACCUGCUGCUGUUGCUUUUUCUUUUUUUUUUUCUUCAUUUCUUUUUUAUUAUUAUUAUUUCUUUAAUCUUGUUAACUCUACUGGCCUUUGUUUCUCUCUGCUUCUGUAUGGCAUAACUAAUGUGGAGGGGAUCCUUUCUCUGUUGUGACCCACCUCUUCUGAAUAGAUUCUCAUGCUGUCUGCUGACUGUGAUGAGCUCUGUGGAAGACAUACGAGUGCCAACAGUCCUACACAGUCACCUUUGGACUUCCUGAAGGAGCGCGUCGCUCUUUCAUAAGUGAACUUGAACUGGGAAGUAGACACUUCACUUUAUCAAAAGGUGCGAGACAAGAACACGACACAGCAAGAGAGCCAGUUGACCUGGUGAUCACACACAGUUGAAGUAUUGCAAACAAAUGUUGCCAAGACCACUUUUCCCCCCCUUUUUCCUUCCAGCCUUGGAAUUGGUUCCAUCUUUCUGGCAUUAUUUUGUCUGUUCCCUCCCUUGUGCACAGGACAUUGUUGCUGUCUUAGGGUAACUGUGGCAGAUGAAGAAGAUUGUUUGGAUUUCUUUAAAUGCCUUAUAUUUGCAGGAAAGAAAGAAAGAGAUCUAAUUUUCAAGUGUUAGAGUAGCAGGAUCAUCUUGUUUGUGUGUGUUUGUCUUGGUAAAUGAGUUGUUAGAGCAAUGCCUGCUUAACAGUGUUAAUGUGAAAAACUGACGUGAAUGCUCAGAGGCAGACAGAUUACUAUAAAGACUAAUAUUGACAGGAUGUGUAGGUACACCAGGGCGAUUGAGGCUCUAUUCUUAGCAUUGCCCUGGUUUUAGAGCUUUGUAAAUCUUUUCUCACGUUUAUGCAUACGUGUGUAUGUGUGUAGAUGCACACAUGUGCGUAUGUACUUCAAAUUGGGAAAUGCUGAAGGUAAGGAGCAUGCAUACUGUUAGGAGCCGUGUGGUGGUGAAAGUGGGAGGGACAGAAGGCAUUCCAGAAACGGGUAAAGCUAAGCCAUGUAUAACUGCAACGGGCAUCUUGUGUUCAGGUAGGAAUUUUAUUAUAUUUUUGGAUCGCGACUCCCGUAGGCUCAUCAGAAUAUUGCGAACAAAGGAAAAAUGCAAAUCGGCAGUGUCCAUGAAUUCCAGGGAAUCUUUUCUUUCCUUGGUUUAAAUAAAAUCGUAUUUUUGGAAGAUGACCUGUUUAGACUGCUUCAAAGCCAUUGGGGAAGGGAGGGAAGUCAGGGAAGGAGAAAUUUAGUGGAUGUCUCAUUUUGGAAGUAAUGUGAAUGCUGCAUCUUUUCAAUCUGUCAAUGCUUCCAUAUGGAAAACAAAUGCAAUAAAACUUUUCCAAAAAAAAAAAAAA